CGCCGCGCGCGCAGCGGACAGAGACGGCGCCUAUUGGCGUCACCACCGCCCGACUGCUUUUUCUGGAGACAGGAGUAGAAGGCCCGCGAGUUGGUCAUAAUGGCAGGUGAAGAAAUUAAUGAAGACUAUCCAGUAGAAAUUCAUGAGUAUUUAUCAACAUUUGAGAAUUCCAUUGGUGCUGUGGAUGAGAUGCUGAAGACCAUGAUGUCUGUUUCUAGAAAUGAGUUGUUGCAGAAGUUGGACCCCCUUGAGCAAGCCAAAGUGGAUUUAGUUUCUGCUUACACAUUAAAUUCAAUGUUUUGGGUUUAUUUGGCAACUCAGGGAGUUAAUCCUAAGGAACAUCCAGUAAAGCAGGAAUUGGAAAGAAUCAGAAUAUACAUGAACAGAGUCAAGGAAAUAACAGACAAGAAAAAGGCUGGCAAGCUGGACAGAGGUGCAGCUUCAAGAUUUGUGAAAAAUGCCCUUUGGGAACCAAAACCUAAAAAUGCAUCCAAAGUUGCCAAUAAAGGAAAAAGUAAAAAUUAACCCUUUGGUUUUGAUGUACACAUAUGUAAAAGUACAUCACUUUUAUUGUUUUCCACAAAAUAGAUGAUUAUGUGGCAUUGCAAGGUUUAAAUGUAUUUGUUAUUGAAUCCAUAUAUAAAAUUUACAUUUUAAAUUUGUAAUGCUAAAUAUUCUUUCCCCUAGAAAGAUUAAGUUAUCUUUAUUGAUUUUCCUAUAGAACACAGUGAGGUUUUUAACAUUGUGAUAUAUUUUAUAUUUAUAGUUUAUUAUCUCUCUUGACAAGACUCUUAUUUCCUUAUACAGGUCAAUCUUUCAAGUACCAUUUUAUAAGCAACUAUGAAAUUUAAGUUAAAUGUUCUUUGUAAACAUUUGUCUAUUUUAGUAAAAGGCGAAAGAUUUAUGCAAUCUGAAGAGAAACCAGAGUAUAACAUUUGUCUAUUUUAAAUGAAUGACUUUAUGAAGUAUGCUCUCUGAAGGCUAAAGUUAUAAAUACAUCUGUUUUCACUAUAUAAAGAAAGAAUGAAAUGACUUAAAUGCCCAUUUCUUUCCUAUAUAGCUACUUCAUCAUGUUUUCAUGAUUUUGGGAAUUAUUGCUUUUUUUGAUAUUUGAAGUAUGAAAUUAAGACUUUAAGGUUAUAUUUUAAUUCUUGGCAAUUUGCCUCUAUGUCCCAUUUAAGGUAAAAUAUAUUCUCAUUAGCUUUAGUUGGGAAAUGAAGCUGUAUAUUAAUGGCUGAAUUUUGGCAUAAUGGCUAUACCCUAUCAAUAAAGGCUGUAAAGGUUGUAUAGAUGACUGUUUAUUUUUCUCUUUUGUGUAAAUUUGCCCUUGAAAUUAGGAAGAUAGGUUUUAGAGAUUAUUAGGAAUAGAGAAACUCGAGUUUUUGUUGCUUAUGCAUCAUGCCUAUAGAUCUUGUCUCAUUUUUUCACAUUUUUUGAUUACAUGGUUUUGAGGUGAUAUCAAGUACAUACAAGUAUUUUGGAACAACUUUCUAUGUUUAUGUAAUGCCACACUUAAGGAGAGGACAAGUCCAAAGGAGAUUAUAUUGUGUUUAUAUUCUGAUUUAUUUUUUCAGAAUAUUUGUUACAGAGAAUUCUACAUAUUAAAAUUUUUUUUAAUGUCUAAGUCCUUGGAUUUUAAUUAUAUGCUCUUAAUGCUUUCAGUUUUUGAAUCCACAUAUCCACAUCAUUAUUAUAGGAAUGCCAAGUACAGUAAAGUACUUUAAUUUUUGAAAAAGAAGUUAAAAUUUUCUAUGUGAUUAGUUCUGCAUAAGUAACCUUGCAUAAAUGGAUUUCCUGAUUUAUGGUAGAAGAUGUUGGAAAUGUCUUAAAAUGUAAUCGAUUUUGUAAAGCAUGUUGAACUCUUUCUAUGACACAUGAAGAGGAAGUCACUGAUAGAUGCAGAGUCUUCUGGCUCAGAUGUCAGACAAUUUUUGAAGUGGAAGAACAUUUAUAGUUACUUCAUUACUUUUUUCACCCUCAUCCUCUCAAAUUUCUAGCUUUUUUAAAAAGUAACUUCUUCAUGAGAGAAAUAAAUGUUAUUAUGAACAA